GAAAAAUACAGAAAAUUUAAAACAUUUUCAUUUCCCGCUCGUUCAAAGUUUCACAAUGGAAUAAUCGCCUGUCUGUGCCGGAGCAGCUGAGGACUCGCAGUCAUCGAUCUAGCAACCUGAUUUCUAAUGAACACCAGCGACGAGACAAUCAGCGAGAUGUCGAACAUCUAUAACAACUCGGUGGUGAGGUUUUACCAACGUUUGUUCUACGAAUGGGCAGAUGUGAGGACAAAAGACUGGUUUCUGAUGGGGUCGCCGGUCCCAGGCGCCACCAUAAUGUUCGGCUACCUCUACUUCGUUCUUUCCUGGGGCCCGAGGCACAUGGAGCACCGGAAACCGUAUCAGCUCAAGAAUGUUCUGAUUCUCUAUAACUUGUUCCAAGUCAUUCUCAGCAUUUGGCUAUUCUGCGAGGGCCUCGACGCUGCCUGGCUCACUAAAUACAGCUGGAAGUGCGAGCCCAUAGAUUUUUCAAACACACCAGAAGCGCUCCGGGUUGCCCGAGGCGUCUACAUUUACUUCCUGGCAAAAAUCUCCGAGCUCCUCGACACCGUCUUCUUCGUCCUGCGGAAGAAGGAUCGGCAAAUAAGCUUCCUCCACAUGUAUCAUCACACUGUCAUGCCUAUAGUCGCUUGGGGAGCUACUAAGUAUUAUCCUGGCGGCCAUGGGACUUUCAUAGGUAUCAUCAACACCUUCGUCCACAUCGUCAUGUACACCUACUACCUUCUGGCGGCGAUGCUGCCACAGUAUCAGGCCUACUUGUGGUGGAAGAAAUACAUCACCACCUUGCAAAUGGGACAAUUCUGCAUCGCCUUCCUGCACAGUCUGCAGCUGCUGUUCUACGACUGUGACUACCCAAAGUGGUCACUGAUGAUCAUUCUGCCUAACGUGACUUUCUUCUACUUACUGUUCGCGGACUUUUACAACAAGGCCUACGACAAGUCGAAAGCCUCGGACACUGUGGCGACUUGUAAGGUUCGGGAGGAUGAAGAAAGUCGGAGGGUGACCGAGGGUGAAAUACGUAACGGGAAAACGAAGAACGCCUGAUCGAAU